AGCAAUAUGGCGUUGUCCACGGGUGACAGAGAUGCUUCGUCUGCCGCUUGAUGUUUAUUUUUAUAUUUAACACGUUUAACAAAGUGUGACACAGCGUGAGUUAUCACCUGAAGGAGCUCUGUUAAACGCCUGCACAGCAGACAUGUCUGGGUCAAAUGUUUGGAGUCGCAGUCGAGAGAAGAUGAGACUUUUCCCUGAACUGUUUGCUCAGUGUUCAGGAGAGGCAGCAGUGUAUGGGAAGUGUGUGGCAGCUACCACAACAGGCAGACAGGAGCUGAAGAAGGACCUGUGUGCCAAGGAAUUUGAAGCACUGAAGACCUGCUUCAUAAAUGCAGCCAAGAAAAAAGCCAGAUGAAUGGAAACCGUCCCGGCUUUGUUGGAGUGGGCCGACCUCAACUGUCAAACUGUUCAGUGCUGUGGGAGAAGACAUGAAGUGUUGACUUGUAGCACUGGAAGCUCAUUAUUUAUCUUGAUGAUAAGUUGGAACUGUAAAUGAACUGAAUGUCUCGUCUUUUUUUUGUAUGUCUUUUUGAAAUGGAGCCAUGUAGUACUCAUACAGAUUUCUGUAAUAUAAAGUGGUGACUAAAACA